CCUAUGCGCAAAAAAAAAAUAAACAAAACAGCAUCAAGAAAAUUCUCGCAGAAGUCGGAACAGAAGAAGAAAUUAAACAUAAAAACAAUAAUAAAACAAUGUGGAAAUUUUAAAAAAUUGUGAUUUCUGAGUUAUAUGCAUGAGUAGAAAAAUAGUAUCGUUUCGAAUUCUCAAAAAGCUUUUGUCCGGACUUUCACCUUUCGGAUACAAGAUGGUACGAUAUUUUCAGAAUCCUUUUGAGGACUUUAGGCCGGAUGCUGUGGUUGCAGUAGAUAAAGUGGAAAUAUCCCAUCACAUUGACGACUACAUAAAGAAUACUGUCAAACGGCUGGUGCCUUCGCACAAGAAUGUCGAAGGUGGACUUUACGUCGGCAUUACCGGUGUUGCUUACAUGUUCUAUUACUUGGCCAAGAACCCUCUUUUCUCCGAAAAUAAAAAAAAUUACCUCGAGAAAGGAAUGGAGUAUCUAAAGCCUGCUUUAGAGACGUCUGCCGGUGAUAGAACUUCGUUCCUGCUCGGCGACGCCGGCACAUACGCUCUUGCCGCGGCACUGUUUAAGGAAAUGGGAGACGACCAGUAUAUAGAAUCGGUCAAAGCCUACAAGUCUCUAUACAACUCGUACUUACACCCAAAAUUCCUGAAAUGUGGUGGUGACGAGCUGUUUGUUGGUAGAUCUGGGUACAUCGCAGGCGCGCUUUGGAUGCGGCGGGAACUGAAAACAGAAGUUCUUACGAAUGGAGAACUUUACAAAAUCUGUGACAUGAUUGUGGCAAAUGGUAGGGAAUAUUCCAAGAAGCACAAAAGCCCGUGUCCCUUGAUGUACCAUUACUAUAACACUGAAUAUCUUGGUGCAGCCCAUGGUGUCAGUUAUAUACUGCAGAUAUUGUUGACGGUACCAGGCUAUUUGGAGUUUAAUAAGUCGGCAGCAGCAGACAUCAAAGCAAGCACCGAAUUUAUUGUUUCACUGCAAACCGAUGAAGGUAAUUGGCCAUGUUGUAUGGAGGAGAUAGGCCUGAGCGACCAUAAGUUGGUUCACUGGUGCCAUGGUGCACCGGGUACAAUCUAUCUCAUGGCCAAAGCAUUCCUUGUAUUUAAGGACCAAAAGUUCUUAGAUGCCUGUAUUAGAGCUGGUGAGAUUGUCUGGCGCAAGGGAUUACUUCGUAAGGGCCCCGGCCUGUGCCACGGUGUGGCUGGCAAUGGCUAUGUAUUCAUGCUGCUUUAUCGGUUGACAAGAGAUAAUAAGUACUUAUACCGAGCUAAAAUGUUUGCUGACUUUUUGAACAGCGACGAGUUCCUACGAGAUGCUCGGCUGCCAGAUAACCCGGAGAGCUUGUAUGAAGGUACAGCUGGAACUGUGUGCUUCCUUGCAGACCUUUUAGUGCCUGACAAAGCUGAAUUUCCUUUCCAGGAUGUUUUCACUACUUAUGAUAAACUGUAAUGUCUUCACUGUUGUAAUAAAUUGUGUACCAGUUUGAUUGAUAUUAAUAAAAGUGUUUGUUUUCAA